UUAACCGCGAUGUCCUCGACGCGUCCGACUCCCAAGCCACGACCGCGUCCCCGCGCACGCGCGCCAGCCACCGUCCUCAACACCGACAUCGCUUCCUCCUCGUCCCCGGGUCCAUCAUCCGCUAGUACCUCCACUCAACAACCGCCCACGCUCAGCAUCGAGGACGAGGAUGCGCUGUUCCUGCGGAACCAGACCCGCGAUGCCCGAGCUUGGAAGGAGCUGAGCAAGAUAACGGAAGAGAAGAAGACAAUUCAAAAGCGUAAGUCUGGAAGUUCAGAGGGCUCUGACAUCGAGGGCGGCUCUUCUCCACGACCCCGUGCUCGUAAGAAGAAGCAACCUCAAAGGAAGAAUGACAUACUACCGGACUGGACAAGGAAGAAACCUAACGAGAUAGUUAUAUCCUUGGACUCGGAUGAUGACAUCGUGCCCACCCGUCUACAAAAGAGGACUAUUGCAAAUAAUAACGAGGAGUCAACUCUGUUAGCGGAACCUCGAAGCCGUUCCAUCACACCUCCGCCAAUGUUAACGCAGUUUGCUAUCCAACGAGCAAAAGCGGCGGUGCAACAAUUAGUUGGCGUGCAACCACGAGCACCUUCGCCCACGGAGUUCGCCGACGAAUCAACGGACAACAUUGUUUUGGCUCCAGAACUUGCGUCUAUCGCUCAGCGAGUCCAAGUGGAAGCCAAAAUGCGUGCAGGAUCGUCCGCGGCAGAGUCUGGCGGCCCCGAGAAAGUCCAAAUCAAGGUUCAGUGGACUCCCCAUCCGCUGGAUCCCAACGGUAAAGCAGAGGCUUGGGGUAUUGAGCAGAAGAGGCACGACGACUUCUAUCGCCUUUUUGAUGAGGUUGCCGACCUCGCAAGUAUCCGAGCCGAGAAUCUUGUCAUCUCUUACGACGGAAAGCGGGUGUUUCCGUCCUCAACACCACAUAGCAUCAAGAUCUGGGCGACAGCGACGUUCGAGGCAUACGACAAGGUCACACACCGGUACCUCCAGGAGAACAAGCGCGCCCGUUCCGUGUCUGUUCCCCCAGGACACGACGACCCGAACCAGACCACCUCCCGUGCUCGUUGCCCGUCCGUCACCAUCAUGGAAUCUGAGCUUGAGGCCAACGAAUCGCCUUCGCCUCCAUCGCAGGAACACGAGGACGGAUCUGAGACGUUCAAGCUCACCGUGCGCUCGGGAAGGACUGACAAGGAUAUCAUACUCACUGUCCGCCCCACCACGAAGUGCGGUGCCAUCGUCCGUGCAUUCCUCAAGAAGGCUGGGCUCGAGGCUGAAUAUCCUGCUGGGGGCGCCCCCGCGAAGGGUCGCGGCCGCGGGAAAGCGGCGGCACCGAAGGUUCCCGCGUUGAGCGUUGACGGAGACAGAAUGGACCCGGAGACUGAGAUUGGGGAGGCUGAUCUCGAGGAUGGUGAUUUGGUUGAGAUAGUCGGGCUUUGAUUUGUAUGUUCUCUCAUCCGCAGUCAGGUCCGGGGCUUGGGUUUGGACUGAUGUGUUCUCGCUGCUGUGCCCCUGUGCUGUCAGCACCCUCUUCUUGUCUCAUAGACUAUACCUUGUUGACUGGUUUGCACGCAUGGUACACACUCC